AUGGACAAUCGAAGCUACUCUAAUCUGCCAGAAAAGCUGCCUACCUUCUCUGAUUCUGUCCACUUGCCACUGACCAGGUCCUUCUAUCUGGACCCCAUGGUCACUUUCCACCUGUACCCUGAUGCCCCGGUGUCGUCCCCUUACUCUGAAGACCUGCCAUUGCUGCCCUUUCCCAGCGAUUCCCUAUUCAUGGAAAAUUAUGGUGAACCCUGCCCCUUCUCCUUCCCAAUGCCUUAUCCAAAUUACAGAAGGUGUGAAUACUCCUAUGGGACGGCCUUUAUCCGCAAAAGAAAUGAGCGGGAAAGGCAGCGGGUGAAGUGUGUCAAUGAAGGCUACGCCCAGCUCCGACAUCAUCUGCCAGAGGAGUACUUGGAGAAACGACUCAGCAAAGUGGAAACCCUCAGAGCUGCCAUCAAGUAUAUUAAUUAUCUGCAGUCUCUUCUGUACCCUGAUAAGGCGGAGGCCAAGAAUAGCCCUGGGAAAGUUUCCUCCAUAAUGGCAGCCACCAGCCGCCACACUGACCCCAUUUUUAGAAUCAUUUGA